AUGGAACACCGUAAUCCACGUCCACAUACGCAUCUAUAUGAUUGGGACUGGACAGAUGCACCAGAAGCGGGGAAUGAUAUAACAAGUAAGGAAGACGGAAUCCAAGCUGAUCAUCCAGCACAGCCGCUAGACGCCAAUGCUAUCCGUUCUGAAGAAGAGCCUGUCACGAGAAAAGUUAUUACAGAGCCAUGUGAGAAUGUUCGAGGUGAAAGGUCACAGACACUCUCUCCCACAAAGUCUCUCGUUUCAAGCGCACGACCAACGUCGCUGCCUGGUAUCAAGACACAAUCCCCGUGGUCGCUCUAUGACAAGUGCUACGAACUUGAUUUCGGAGAGGGAUUCAUGUGGAUUGUCCGUAAGAAGGUCGGCGCUCGGACACUGUUCUUGAUGCAUCAGACCAGUGAUGUUGACCUGGAAAUACUGUCGGAAAGCUUUCGCAAAGCGCGAAGUCCAUAUUUCGUGAAAUGCUUCGACAUUCUGCAAACCGGAAGUGACACAAAUAUCAUCUUGGAGUUCAUGAACAUGUCAUUGGUGCAAGUCAUUGGGGCGCCAAGGCCGGUGACCGAACAAGAGGUGCGCUCCAUUGUGGGACAACUUACCAAAGGACUGUUGGAGGCUGAGCAUGCUCGUGCGCCAGGAUCCCAUCUCGAUCUCUCCAGAAUAUGGUUGAACCUCAACGGCGAUGUCAAAAUAUUACCGCAGAUUGUCGAAGUCGGUAGAAGCCGUAACCUCGAUGCAGCACAGAAGCGUGUGCACAGUUUAGGGUCCAUAAUUCAGAAAUUGGUGGCAAAGACGAAUAGGCCAGACCUGUCCUCGAAUGCAGGGCCCGGGCAUUACUCCCGAGAUCUGCUUGAUUUCAUGGGCGAAACCACAACAGGCGAUGUGAAGACAUUAUUGAAGCUAGCAUGA